GGAAACUGCGGUCACCCGGACGGAAGUAGCGUUGCACCUUAUAACACAAACAACACUGGAUGGCGAUCGAAACGUUGAAUGUGGGAGCAAGUAGGAGGUUACUUUAAUUAUAUUGUAUUCCUGGUGGUCUAUAUAAGCAAUACACCAUGCCUACCGUGAUCUUGAUGGACGUGUCUCUGUCCAUGACACGGCCGGUGUCACUGGACGGCAGCGAGGAGUUCCAGAGGAAGAACCUGGCUGUCCACGGACUAAAUAUGUUAUUUGAACACAUGGCCUCAAACUACCGCCUGGAGUUCACAUCACUGAUGGCAUUUUCUUCCCUCUGGGAGCUCUUGGUGCCUUUCACUAGAGAUUACAAUGCAUUACAGGAGGCUCUGGGCAACCUUGAGGACUAUGACAAGACUUGUGUUGAAUCAGCUCUUAAUGGAGUUAGUAGCGUGGUACAGCAGGAGUGGGGCAGUGCCUGUCCCUGUCAGGUGGUGCUAGUCACUGAUGGAUCUCUUGGUAUUGGAAAGGGCUCCCUUCGCCAUUCCCUCCAGUCACUGAAGCAUCGUGCGGAUGACAAAAAGUUCCCCCUUCCUUUCCCCUUCCCAACAAAAAUGUUCAUCAUGUCUAUAGCCAACGCAGAGGAGCUACAGAUGACUGAUGCCAUGAACAACUUGGAGGAGCUACUUCAUCUCAGCGGAGGUGAUGGACAGAUCUUCACUAUGGAGGGACCUCUUUGCAUGAAGAGUGUACAGGCCAUGUUUGGGAGGCUGAUUGAUCACGCGUACUCUCCCUUUCAUGCUGUCCUGCACUGUGGGAACCUUUCCUCAGACGUUCAGGUGUUCCCUCGGCCGGAGCCUAUAGUGAUGGAUGAAGAAGUGGAUCCCAUGCCACGCUCAGUCAAUCCAGAUUUGGAACUAGUGGGCUUUAUUGAAAUUGCUGAUAUAUCCAGUCCUCCUGUUAUAUCCAGACACUUGGUACUGCCCAUUAACGUAAACAAAGAGGUGGAUGAAGUUGGCACAGGAGCCACCGAUGAGCUUGAGGAGGAACCCUCUGCCAGUCAAAUGGCAGGCAAAAAUCCAAACUUCUGUGUACUGUUACAUGGCAGCCUUAAAGUUGAGGGCAUGGUGGCACUGGUCCAGCUGGGGCCGGAGUGGUACGGCAUGCUUUAUUCCCAAGCAGACAGCAAGAAGAAAUCAAACCUGAUGAUGUCUCUGUUCGAGCCCGGGGCGGAGCCUCUGCCUUGGCUGGGCAAGAUCACACAUUUGGGACCAAUUUCAGAGGCAGCUGAAAAUCCCUACGGAGAGGAUGACAGUAAAAGUCCUUUCCCUCUGCAGCCUUCAGUCAAACGAAGCUAUGCGCAGAAUGUCACUGUGUGGAUUAAGGCCAGUGGUCUACAGACAGAUGUGCAAAAGAUCCUGAGGAAUGCAAGGAAACUGCCUGAUAAAACUCAAACCUUCUACAAGGAGCUGAACCGUCUGCGGAAGGCUGCCUUGGCGUUUGGUUUCUGGGAGCUCCUGAAGGGAGUGGCCGACCUGCUGGAGAGAGAGUGUACCCUGCUGCCUGACUCGGCCCAUCCUGACGCUGCUUUCCAGCUGUCCCACGCAGCACAGCAACUCAAACUGGCAAGCACCGGUGACUCCCAGUAUGCUGCUUUUGAUCACAAUAUUGCUCCCAUGCACACUGACUUCUCCAGCUGAGCCUCGUCUGAAUGAGUUAAGAACUGACUGAAAUCCAGCAACCUCUGCGUGUGGGGACCAACGAUGACACAGCGUCUGCUGAAUGUUGUUUAAAGGACUCAUCAUAGGGGCCGCUUCAGAAACCGUGUGCAACCAAGAUGAUUCAGUUGUGAUACCGUGCACUCCUUCUUUGAGACUGCCUAGACAUGGCAAAAUGUAGCUUGUGAAGGUUUUGUAAAAUGUAAGUGUACAUAUAUUUUUACAUGUUCCUUUUUCACAAAUUGACCAUCAUUUUAUUAACUUUUUAUUCAUUGUAGUAAACCUGUCAACAUUGGUUUUCAAAAUUCAGAUAAUUGCCAACAUACAGUUUCUACAAAUCAGGUUACUGAAGGGACAGAAAACUUGUAUUUUAGCAGUCACCAGUGUAAUGGUCCCUGAGGUUUGUGAGAUGUUUCAGAAAUCCGGACUGAUAACAAAUACAGUAUUUGUUGAGAA